AUGGUCAUUGAAUCUAGGUAUCAAAGAGUAGCUGAAGGAAAGUCCCACCCCUCUAAGCUAAUUUUUGUUCAGAAAUUUCAUCAAGUAGCUGCUUCAUUUUACUUAGUUCGAACCACUCUUCAUGUCAGUUCAUGUGGUGCUGUGUAUGCAGGUAUUAGGAAUCUUUUAGCUGUGAUUUUGUUUCCCAUACUUAUGUAUUCUUUCCAAAUGGGUGCAACUGGUGCAGCAAUUUCCACAGUUGUGUCUCAAUAUGUUGUCACCUUCUUAAUACUAUGGUUUCUAAAUAAGAGAGCAAUACUACUGCCUCCAAAGAUGGGAUCAUUACAAUUUGGAGGAUACAUAAAAUCUAGUAAAUUUGGUAGUUUUCUUCUUGGAAGAACUCUUGCUGUUCUAACAACCAUGACUUUGGGGACAUCAAUGGCUGCUCGUCAAGGCCCAGUUGCAAUGACUGCUCAUCAGAUAUGCAUACAAGUAUGGUUGGCUGUUUCGCUUCUGGUUGAUGCCCUGGGUGCAUCUGCACAUGCUUUGUCUGCAAGUUAUAUGUUUAGAGGUGACUAUAAGACAGUGAAGGAAAUUGCUCACUAUGUGCUGAAGGUAAGGUUAUUAAAGGGUUCAAUCACUUUCAAUAACAUCCUCUAUGUAACAGAACGGCAGGAGAUUUAUCAUAUUAGCUAUGUUCGUCAAGCUUUUGAAGAUGCAUCUUUGAGAUUUUUUCUUGAGAUCCUCGAGAGUGACUUAUUAAAUGAGUCAGAUGGUCCUGUUGCUGGUUAUCGAAGUGUAUUGAGAACUUUUAUUUAUGCAUUUAUUGCAUCUUAUGAGAUCAAUAUUCAGCUGGAAGACAGGCCCCGAAUUCUUCGAUGUGUUUAA